GGGCUCGGGCUCCGGGCGAGCGCGCCCGACGGCCUCGGCCCGGACCGAUCGCGGGACGGGACCCGCGCGGCGCAGGGCCGCCGGACGGGCGGGCACCGAGCGGGCGCGGGGCUGGCUGCGGCACCCCCGCCGGGCCGCACGACCACCCGCUGCCUAGCGAGGGACGCCCCCCUCCCUCCCGCCCCCUGCACGCCCUUCACUCGGCGGGGCACAGCGCCCGGAGCACGCACACCCUCUCCGCGGACACACAACAUGGCAGGCUCGCGAUACGGCCGGGUGGGUCCCUCAGACCCGGGCUCGGCACACGCACAGGGGCAGCCCCGGACACACGCACGUGCCCACCCGCCCUUCCCAGAAACGCGCAGGGACCCCCACCAGGCCGCGGCCCGGGCAGGCCCCAGCCCUAAGGAGCAGACACACGUAAAUGACUACCAGUGCAGAUGACCACGCAGCUUGGUAUUUUGUCCCCACCGGCAGAAAUAUCCACAUCUAUAUACUUCUGCGUAAAUGCAGAGGCCCUGGUGUGCGCCUCCCGGGGCGGCACCGACAAAACACCAGGUGAAAAGCACACACAAGAAACACAUUCCUGAAACUCCAGAGGGACAGUCCCAGAGACUCCUCCCUGGUGUUCAAAAAUCCACAACUCGGGGGAGACAGAGCGGUCGGCCCUCAGCUCCCUCCCGCAAAACCUUUCUUUGGAAACAAGGUGAGACAUAAACGAGUUCAUUUAAAACCAAACAAGUCUCAUCACAGAGCUACUCCUCCAGAGAAAAAGAGAAGGAGACCCACUUGGGAGGCGCAGAGACAGACACAAAGCAAGCAGGGCUGGAAACCACGAGAGAAACUAGGCCCACCCCCACCCCACCCCUACCCCACCCCCACCCCUGCCUCAGGAAGGUUCCAGGGGAGAACCUCCCGCCCCCACCUCAGGAAGGUUCCAGAGAAGAACCCCGCUCCCACUCCAUCCAGGUCACAAGGGCUGGAGCUCCGAAGGGCCCAGGCCCCCUGAGCCAGGCAUAGAGGAGGAGGUCCGAGGAAAGAUGGCCGGCAGUCACCCCUACUUCAACCUGCCCGACUUCACCCAGCCAUCGCCGCCCUCCACUCCGCCCAGCCUCCCCUCGCACCAGCGCUGCCGGCCCUCCGAUGCCACCAAGGGCCUGCUUGUGGCCCUGCUGGGUGGGGGCCUGCCCGCUGGCUUUGUGGGGCCCUUCUCUCGUAUGGCUUACCAGGCUUCCCACUUCCCCUCGCUGGAGCUGCUCAUCUGUCGAUGUCUCUUCCACCUCCCCAUUGCCCUACUACUUAAACUGCGCGGCGACCCUCUGUUGGGACCUCCCGACGUCCGGGCCCGGGCCUGCCUCCACGCCCUGCUCAACGUCCUCAGCAUCGGAUGCGCCUACAGUGCGGUUCAGGUGGUGCCGGCCGGCAACGCUGCCACGGUCCGCAAGGGCUCUUCCACAAUGUGCUCUGCCCUCCUCGCCCUCUGCCUCGAGAGCCAGGGUCUCAGCGGCUACGACUGGUGUGGCCUGUUGGGCAGCACCCUGGGACUCAUCAUCAUUGUGGGACCGGGACUAGGGACACUGCAGGAGGGGACCACGGGCCUCUACACCGCCCUGGGCUACGUGCUCGCCUUCCUGGGCGGCCUGGCGCUGUCGCUGGGGCUGCUGGUAUACCGCUCUCUGGACUUCCCCUCUUGCCUCCCGACGGUGGCCUUCCUGUUUGGCUUGGUGGGGCUGGUGGGCUGUGUGCCAGGCCUCUUUGUACUGCAGACCCCUGUGCUGCCCAACGACCCUCUGAGCUGGAGCUGCGUGGGGGCGGUGGGGAUCCUGGCCCUGGUCUCCUUUGUGUGCGUGAGCUACGCAGUCACCAAGGUCCACCCCGCCCUGGUGUGCGCCGUCCUGCACUCCGAGGUGGUGGUGGCCCUGAUGCUGCAGUACUACGUGCUCUAUGAGACAGUGGCACCUUCUGACAUCAUGGGGGCAGGGGUGGUGUUGGGUAGCAUUGCCAUCAUCACCGCCCAGAACCUCAGCUGUGAGAAGGAAGGGCAGGUGGAGGAGUGACAUCGAACUUGAGAGCCUGGGGGUUGGGGGUGGGGGGUGGGGGGCAGGGGGAAAUAGAAGGAGAAGGAGAGACUGGCAGGCAAGCAGGGGAGGGCACGUGAACGGGAAAGAACUGGAGAUGGGAGAGGGGCACCCCUUGGGAGUCGAGGGUGACCUGGGGACUCAGUGGAGAAGGGACUGUCUGGAAGAGCUGGGACGAGCGUGGGGAUCAAGAGAUGUGGAGUCUAGGCUGGGGCUUGGGGAUCAGGACGUGACUGUGGGGUAAGUAAGGUCUAAGGAGCACAUCAAAGGGGUGAGGCAGGCCGGCCGUGAACCACGGGGAGGGUUUUCCCCUCAGUAGCAGACAGAAGAGCACUGGGGCUGGGCUGUUUGGGGCUUUCAGGCCAGCGGACAGAGCCAGCGGCCGGCGUGAGGGAGUGUGCCUUUUUCCCUGAGAGACAGUUUCCUUUCCUCAUGGUUAUGCUCCCCCCACCCCCGGGGUGGUGACGUGACAUUGACAUCAAACAAGGAUCACUCUGAAUGUG